AUGACAGAGGCAAGAGAUUUCACUCCUUCCCUCGUCCUAAACUGCGUCGUCAAUUCCUUCCUGUCUUACGCAACAGUUAUGUUGAACAUCGUCUUAAUAUUCGCGCUGCGAAGGACUUCAUCACUGCCAAAGACUCUAAAGGCAUUGAUCCUUAGCGUGGCUGUUUCUGAUCUUGGUAUGGGAUUACUUGUCCAGCCUUUGUACACCGCGCGACUGCUUAUGAAAAUGAAAAACACUAACAACCAGGAAAUUUAUCACGAGAUAGUUAGAGUCAUAGGAAUGAUCCUUGGUAAUGCCUCAUUCUUCAGUGUCACUGCUAUCAGCUUUGACAGAUUCCUUGCUAUCCACCUUCACUUCAAACACCAGGAACUUCUCACCUACCAAGAAAUUGUGACUUACAAGCGUGUUGUAGCUACAGUGAUCUUAAGCUGGAUUUUCAGUGCGUUCCUGGCUCUGAAAGGUGUUUUAAGCAGUGAAUAUCGUUGUAACAUUGCAGGAGUAGCUGUGGCAAUGGCUUGUUUAUUGACCAUGGCUCUAACCUAUUUCAAGAUUUACAUAGCCGUACGUCGCCACACCGUUCAAGUUCACGCACAGCCAGCCCAAGCAGUGGCACCGAACGAAGAAAAUCGCUCAAAUUUCGAAAGACUGAGAAAAACAGCAGUUGGUACAUUUUACGUCUAUCUGUUGUUUUUGGCCUGCCAUUUACCAGUCGCUAUUGUGAUCCUGACCGGUCGAAAGAUGAAUAAGAGGAGGCAACAUUUCAAGAUGUACGCUCAGACGCUUUCAUAUUUGAGUACAUCACUCGUUCCCCUAAUUUACUGCUGGAAGUUUAGACACAUCCGAUGCGCUGUCAAGAACAUUCUGCGCAACAGAUUCGCAAGUCAGAAUCAGAUUCAGGAAGGCUAAACUUUAAGUCUAUCUGUUGUUUUUGGCCUACCACUUGCCAAUCGCUAUUGUGAUCCUGGUCGGACAGGUGAAUAAAAUGAGAGAACAUUUGUUAAUUUACGCUCGGACGCUGUUAUAUUUGAGUUCAUCCCUUUUUCCUCUGGUUUACUGCUUGAAGUUUAGACACAUCCGAUGCGCUGUCAAGAACAUUCUGCGCAACACAUUUGCAAGUCAGAAUCAGAUUCAAGAAAAUUAA